AUGUCUGGUGAUGUCGAGAAUCUAGUUGAGUGGCGCUUCGACAAUUCCCUCCUCGAGUGUGACUUCAUGAGUAAAUGGCCUGGAUAUGACUCAAAGCAAAUGAGAAAAGAUUUGAGAAGACUUCACGAAUUGGCAUCCACUGAAACAUCAUUUGGCCUUGAAGCGGAUCAUCACAAAGCGUAUCAAGUACUAAUAGUUCUGGAAGCAAAACGAGCAUAUGAUGAACGACUCGCUGGACUGUUUUGUGAAGAUUGGUUCGACGUGGAUAGUCCUGCAGACAUCUUCAGAACUCUGUCGAAUCGUGGAGAUGACGAAUUACCGCCAAAGAUUCUUUGGAACAUUCUCUGCCGGAUAAGUGGAGUAUCAAUCGAAAUUAUCGAUGCACGUGGACUAUCAGAGCGUCCAAAAAUUCAUCGCUUCUCAUCCACAGCUUCACAAAUAUCUGCACCGUGUCUAACAUGGCUUCGUCUUGGAAAACGUCCGGUUCCACUUUUCUACAUCCCGGACGAUGAAUAA